GUCUUGUUGAUACAGCCACAUUCUUUUAGCCCCUCUCCCACUAAUUUAGGGAUUUUUUUUCUUUUCUUUUUUUGGAAUUCAAGGGGGUUGUUCCCUCCCUACAUUAGGAAAAUCUGUAGUAGCUCUCACCACCUCCCACCUCCACACACACAGAUGCAGACCGUGAGUAUUUAACAUCAGCUGGGAUCAUUCCAGCUCAACUUCUGUCUCAGGCAGACUCUCAGAGCUCACAGUGGACGUCCAGCUACACCAGGUUUGGUGUUGUGAAAAUGUGUUUUUGCCAUGUUAAUAGCUCAACUAUUAACUAUUGACCUGCUGUGCUGCACAAACACAGACUGAGACCCCUCAGAGUUCUUCUCUGCCCUCCUGAAUCGGACAUGGGGAAAGUCUACUAUGUCAGUAAAAAUGUUGGCCUCGGGAUGCUUGUGCUGGCGACCAUUGCUCUGGCUACGAUCAUAGCUUUGUCCAUUGCCUACGACAAGGAAAGGGCCAAGAAUCGAGGCAAGCCGGAAAAUGGGGCAACAGACAGCACAAGCACGCCAACACCACUUACCACCUCCUCCACCCCAAAGGAGCCCUGGGACCACUACAGACUUCCAGACUCCCUUGUUCCUGUCUCCUACAAUGUCACCCUGUGGCCAAGGCUGGAACCCGACGCAGACGGCAUGUACCUCUUCACCGGAUACUCAGCGGUGAUCUUCAGCUGUGUGAAGGAAACCGACCUCAUCAUCAUCCACUCUAACAAGCUGAACCUUUCCAACUUCGAGGGGCACCAUGCUAAGCUGAGUGGCCUGGGUGAUGCCACUGCACCCAACAUACAAAAAACCUGGCUUGUCGUGAAGACACAUUUUCUGGUUCUUCAGCUACGCAGCGCACUAGCUGUUGGAGCGUCUUAUGUACUUUACACUGAAUUUCAGGGGGAGCUGGCAGAUGACCUGGAAGGCUUCUACAGGAGUGAAUACACUGAGGAUGGUGUGAAGAAAGUUGUCGCUACCUCGCAGAUGCAAGCUACGUAUGCCAGGAAAACCUUCCCUUGCUUUGACGAGCCAGCCAUGAAAGCCGUCUUCAACGUCACCAUCUUCCACGACCGGGGCACCGUGGCUCUGUCUAACGGCAGGGAAACUGGCACUGCAGACUCUGUCAUUGACGGCGUGCCCCUCAGAGUGACUACGUUUGAGCCCACAGAGAGAAUGUCCACAUAUCUGCUGGCGUUUAUUGUCAGUGACUUUGUUAAGAUUCAGUCAACCCAAAACAACAAUUUAAUGAUCCGAAUCUGGGCUCGGAGAAAGGCCAUAGAGGAAGGGCAGGGGGACUAUGCUCUCAACGUUACAGGGCCGAUCCUUCAGUUCUACGAGCACUACUACAAUGCAACAUAUCCACUCUCCAAAUCAGAUCAGAUAGCUCUGCCUGACUUCAAUGCUGGGGCAAUGGAGAACUGGGGCCUGGUCACAUACAGGGAGACGGCCCUGCUCUAUGACCCCAUCAUGUCCUCCACCGGAAACAAAGAGAGAAUUACAACUGUCAUUGCCCAUGAACUGGCCCACAUGUGGUUUGGCAACCUGGUGACUCUGCAGUGGUGGAAUGACCUGUGGUUGAACGAGGGAUUUGCGUCAUAUGUGGAGUACCUUGGAGCAGACUAUGCUGAGCCCACCUGGAACAUUAAAGACCAGAUCAUACUGUCUGACGUGCACAAGGUGUUUGCUGUGGAUGCCCUGGCCUCCUCCCACCCGCUGUCCCGUCGAGAAGAGGAGGUCAAUACCCCUGCUCAGAUCAGCGAGAUGUUCAACACCAUUUCCUACAGCAAGGGAGCAGCGGUGCUCAGGAUGCUGUCAGAGUUUCUCACUGAGCCUGUGUUUGCCAAAGGACUCAGUUCCUACCUGAACACAUUCGCCUUCGGCAACACAGUGUACACAGACUUGUGGGACCAUCUCCAGCAGGCAGUUAAAAACACACCAGGUAUGCAUAUUCCUCACACCGUCCACAACAUCAUGAACCGCUGGACUCUUCAGAUGGGCUUUCCAGUGGUCACUAUUGACACCCGGACAGGAAGUAUCACCCAGAAACACUUCCUGUUGGAUCCAGACUCUGUAGUGGACAGGCCCUCUCAGUUCAAUUACACCUGGUUUGUCCCGAUUAAAUGGAUGAAGACAGGUGUGGAGCAGCAACAGCACUGGCUCCUUCAAAAGACAGACGCCCACAUUCAGAUGAGAGUUUCAGGAGAGGACUGGGUGCUGGCCAACACCAAUGUAUCUGGGUACUUUAGGGUGAACUAUGAUCUUGACAACUGGGAUCGUCUCCUCUCCCUCCUCAGCACCAACCAUCAGGCCUUAUCAAUCAUCAACAGAGCACAGAUCAUAGAUGAUGCGUUCAACCUAGCAAGAGCCAAAAUAAUCAACACAACAUUGGCCCUGAGAACGACCAAAUACCUGUCCAAGGAAAGAGACUACAUCCCCUGGGAGUCUGCUCUGAGAAACCUCGACUACUACAUCCUCAUGUUUGACCGCACUGAGGUCUACGGAGCUUUACAGUCAUACCUCAAGAAACAAAUCCAACCACUUUUUGAGUACUUCAAGACGGUUACAGCUAACUGGACCAAAGUACCUACAGGACACACUGACCAGUAUAAUCAGAUCAAUGCUAUUGGAAUGGCCUGCAGCACGGGUGUGGAUGGGUGCAGGGAGCUGAUUAAAAGCUGGUACAGACAGUGGAUGGAAAGUCCACAUUCCAACCCGAUCCAUCCCAACUUGAAAAGCACAGUUUACUGCAGUGCCUUAGCCUUCGGUGGUGUGGAGGAGUGGGACUUUGCCUGGAGAAUGUUCAAGAACGCCACUCUGGCAUCUGAAGCUCUCAGGCUCAGGUCAGCCAUGGCCUGCACCAAAGCACCUUGGCUUUUAAACAGGUAUCUGGAGUACACCCUAGAUCCAACUAAGAUCCGCAAGCAAGACGCCACUUCGACCAUCCAGUACAUCGCCCGGAACGUUGUGGGGAUGCCGCUGGCCUGGAACUUCGUCAGGGCAAGAUGGAGCUACAUUUUCCAGCAUUAUGGAAGAGGAUCUUUUUCCUUCUCCAAUCUCGUCAACGGAAUCACAAAGCGAUUCUCCACAGAGUUUGAGUUACAGGAGCUGAAGAAAUUCAAAGAAGACAACCUCCAUGUUGGUUUUGGCUCUGCCACCUUGGCCCUGGAGCAGGCUAUAGAGAAGACCUCAGCCAACAUCAAAUGGGUGACAGAGAACAAAGCCCACGUGCUCAAGUGGUUUACUGAGGAGUCCACAUGAGAACACUUAAACAGUCAAAAUUACACCCUUCAAUUCUUUUGUUUUUUUGCACUGUCAGGGAUAUGUAAUGAAUAACAAUCACUAUAAUCAUCAGGAACAACAAGUGGCCGGUCCUUUUUCUUAGUAAUCGUUGCGCAAAGACAACUGACACAAUAUGUGACUGGUCAUCGACGUCUUAUGAUGAUCAGCUGACCACAUGUAUCCUAUAUAUCAGUGGUGUAGCUGUAAAUAAAGGAGUUGAUCUCUCCCCUCUAGUCUGUGAUUGUCAGAGAGACAACCCCUGUGACAAACAAUCAUUUUACUUACACAGCAUUUAUUCUCAAAAAAGCUAUAAAUUCAUGUCUUUUGUUCAUACUUCAUAUUAUAUGUUGCUGCUUACUAUGAUGUAUGCAAUGUAUUUAUACCAUGAACAUGAGACAUUGAGCCACUCAAACACCAGAGCAGCUUCAGUGUUUGUUUUUGCAUUGAUUCUACAAUUAAGUGUAACUGAUCAGGAACCCAAAUCAUGAUGGGAUGUUAACUACAGACUGUAUUUCAAAUGGACUGUUAUACAUUUUUGUCAACUGUGGUUUAUUAACAUUUCCUGCAGCUUUUUUCCAUGUUAAGUCAUGCUCAACACUGGAUAUUUUUACAUUGAAAAUCCAUGUGUCAGUGGUAGGAGACAAAGACUAGAUUUUUAUUAGGCGUCUUGUUAUCUGUUCUUAAAUCUUGAUGAUUAGAUCAUAAAUCAUUGCACUAAAUGACAUACUAAUUGUCUAUGCAAAGACUCAAGAGAAAUCCUUCAGAAAGACAAGAUGUUUGUGUCUAUUUUUUGCUAAGUGGUUUUACAGACUUUUUAUGACCACUAUAAAGAUGAAAACAAUAAAAGGAUUAAACAGG